CGUCUGGCGGACGAGGCGGCGGUGUCGAAGCGCCGGCGCCCGCGGCCGCACCGGACGUGGCGGUGGGUGCUCUGUGCAGCGAGGUGAAGGGCAAAAUGGUGGUGUCGGGCUCGGGCGGGCCGCCGCAAGCCGGCCAGGGCCGUUCUUCGUCCUCCCGUUCCCCGGCCGCCGCGGCGAGGGUGACGGCGGAGGGCGGAGGGGAGAAGGUCCAGCCGACAGGGUCUCAGGUCGUGGCGGCGCCCGCGCCCGCGCCCGCGACGCUGCCGCCGUCGUCGACCAAGGCGGUGACGUUCCCGGCGCGACCUGACAUCGGGACGAUCGGGCGGAGGUGCCGCGUCCGCGCCAACCACUUCCUCGUUCAAGUCGCAGACAAAGACAUCUACCACUACGACGUGGCGAUCACUCCAGAGUCGACUUCUCGAGUGAGAAAUAGAUCAAUAAUCAACAAACUUCUUGAGUUGCACAAACAGUUCUUGGAUGGUAGGUCUCCUGUCUAUGAUGGCGGAAAGAGCAUAUAUACUGCAGGUCCACUACCUUUCAAAGCCAAAGAAUUUGUUGUGAAACAUACUAAUCCUGUGAGGGGCAACCAAAGAGAGGAGGAAUAUAAGGUCAUCAUAAAGCAAUCCUCCAAAUUAGAUCUGUACAGUCUUCAGCAGUUUUUGGCUGGUAGGCAGAGGGAGUUGCCACAGGACGUUAUUCAAGCUCUGGACAUUGCUCUUAGGGAACACUCUGCCACAAAGUAUGUAUCUUUCUCAAGAUCAUUUUUCUCAAAAUCAUUUGGGCAUGGCGGCGACAUUGGCAGCGGUGCAGAGUGCUGGAGGGGGUAUUACCAAAGUCUGCGACCCACGCAGAUGGGAUUGUCAUUAAAUAUUGAUAUUUCUGCAACGGCAUUUUACAAGGCCCAGCCAGUGAUGGACUUUGCUGUCCAAUAUUUGAACAUCCGAGAUGUUUCAAGGCACUUGUCUGAUCAAGAUCGUCUUAAACUGAAGAAGGCCAUAAGAGGAGUCCGGGUUGUGGCAACUCAUCGGAAAGACAAAUCCAUACGUUACAAGAUCACUGGAAUAUCCUCAGCUCCUUUGAAUGAAUUAGCGUUUGAUCGAGAUGGAACCAGGAUAUCGGUCAUACAGUACUUUAAGGAACAGUAUAAUUACUCCUUAAAACAUUUUAAUUGGCCGUGCCUUCAAACUGGCAGUGAUAGCAGACCGACAUAUUUGCCUAUGGAGGUUUGCAGUAUACUUGAAGGACAACGCUAUUCUAAGAAGCUAAACGAGCGUCAAGUUGCAAACGUACUAAAGAUGACAUGUGAGCGACCUGCACAAAAGGAGAGCAGUAUCAUAGAGAUUGUCAAGACGAACUCUUAUGGCAAUGAUAACUGGGCAAAAGAAUUUGGCCUCAAAGUGAUGGACCAACUUGCCUUGGUUGAUGCUCGUGUACUGCCUACCCCAAGACUUAAAUAUCAUGACUCUGGAAGAGAGAAACUGUGUAAUCCUUCCGUAGGACAAUGGAACAUGAUUAACAAGAGAAUGGUAAAUGGAGGAACUAUCAACCAUUGGGCUUGCCUAACUUUUGCUUCCCGCCUGCAUCCAAAUGACAUCAGGAUGUUUUGCGAUCACCUUGUUGGCAUGUGCAAUAAUAUUGGCAUGCAAAUGAAUAUGAGGCCAUGCGUCGAUAUCAUGAAAGGACAGCAACACAACAUAGAGGCUGCAAUCAGAAAUAUCCAUAGGAAAUCUGCAGAGGAGCUUGACAAGCAAGGCCUGACAGGGCAGCAACUUCAGUUACUAAUCAUAGUACUGCCUGAUUUUAAUAGUCAGUAUGGGAGGAUAAAACGACUUUGUGAAACAGAGCUUGGUGUUAUAACUCAAUGCUGUUCACCUAAGAAUGUGCAGAAAGGUGGGAUGCAGUAUCUGGAAAAUCUGGCCCUAAAAAUGAAUGUGAAGGUUGGGGGUCGGAAUACAGUACUCGAAGAUGCUUUGCACAGGAAAAUACCACUUUUGACAGAUUUGCCUACGAUAGUUUUUGGAGCGGAUGUUACACAUCCAUCUCCUGGGGAUGAUGCUUCUCCAUCUAUUGCAGCGGUUGUUGCAUCCAUGGAUUGGCCAGAAGUUACAAAGUACAAAUGCUUGGUAUCUGCACAGGAACAUAGGCAAGAAAUCAUAGCUAAUCUUUACACAGAAGUGAAAGAUCCAGUGAAGGGAAUUGUUGGAGGUGGAAUGGUUAGGGAAUUGCUGAGGUCUUUCUAUGCAGCAACUGGACAGAAGCCUAGCAGGAUUAUAUUUUAUCGGGAUGGUGUCAGUGAGGGACAGUUUAGCCAAGUGUUGCUUUAUGAGAUGGAUGCAAUUCGCAAGGCAUGUGCUAGUUUACAGGUCGGCUACCUCCCUCCAGUUACAUUUGUUGUUGUCCAAAAAAGGCAUCACACCCGCCUUUUUCCAGAAAAUCAUCGAGAUUUGGUGGAUAGAAGUGGAAAUAUCCUUCCUGGUACCGUUGUUGACACAAAGAUAUGCCAUCCGAGUGAAUUUGACUUUUACCUCUGUAGCCAUCCUGGUAUUAAGUUUUUUUUUCUUUUUCAUUUGAGAACAAGCCGUCCAACACACUACCACGUCCUUUUCGACGAAAAUGGGUUCAAAGCUGAUACAUUGCAAACAUUAACCUACAUUCUUUGCUACACCUAUGCUCGAUGCACCCGAGCAGUCUCUAUAGUUCCUCCAGCAUACUAUGCACACCUGGGAGCUUAUCGGGCGCGCUACUACAUGGAAGAUGACUAUUCCGAUCAGGACUCGUCCUCCUCUGCAGCGACACGGGCGCGUGAACGGCCGAUAAAGUCGCUUCCGGAAGUCAAGGAAAAUGUUAAGCAGUUCAUGUUUUACUGCUGAAGGGUUCCUUCUUGCUAAGUACCCCCACUAUAGAAGCUUAUCUUGUUUUGCUGGAAGGUUUGGCUUUUGCAAGAACUGGAUGUAACUUGGCGUGUUUAAUGUUUUAUAUAUCUCUGGUGUUGAGUAUAUGUUGAAACUCUUGCCGGUAGCCCUGUCCAAAACAGUCUGGGAAGUUUUAAGCUUUGCAUAUGUAUUUUGGAAUGCUCAUCUCUACGAGACUACAUGACUUGCCUAGUACUUUACUAUAUAUGUCUAAUUACUGCUGUUAGAAAGUCUGAAGAAGGAACUGAUAUUUAU